CACAGAUUCACAUAUAUUAAGUAUCAAGUCUCACUUGAAUGCCACACAUCUUUCCAUCCCAUCCAAUACUCCCUUCUCCCUCACCAACCAGCAUGACAAUUUCUCUCAUUGCCCGCUAUGGAGCACGACGACAAUCCUCUUCUUCCAUCCCACCCCCCACUCUCAACAGAAGAUCUCCCCCUCCAUAGUCCCAUCCAACCUCACCUCGACACCUUGUUCGCCGAGUUCGCUAGGUCUCGUCCACGAAUCUCUCCUCCUCGAUCCCCCAUCGCAGCCUCGACCCUCUCUCGCCGUCUCUCAAGUCCCACCACCGACAAAUCUCCUCCAAGCCCUAAACUCGAUCUCCGCGCCCUCGACUAUGCCCAAGACUAUGACUCUCAUCUCAUGUGUCCCAUUUGCCAUGUCCCUUUUGUCGAUCCUGUCGUCCUCGAAUGCGACCACACCUUCUGUCAGUCAUGUCUGACAGACUACCGAGACGGUGCUACGAGCGAUACUCGCACCCGCUGUCCCACCUGCCGAGCCUUUUUGUGGUCCUCCCCUCGCAAGGCCUCCAGACUCAUCGUCAACAUGUGCCAUGAAAUCAAAGUGCACUGUCCAAAUGAGGGUUGUACUCAAGUCACCGCGAGAGGAUUCGUUCAGCGCCAUGCAACAACCGAAUGCCCUCACCAACGCUUAAAGUGCCCUGAUCCUGAGUGCGACAAACUGGUUAGCAGGAAAAACUUUAUCCCGGACCAGUGCAUCCACACCACUCAUGUGGAGUGCGACUGUGGUACUGUUAUUGAACUAGGGCGCGGGGACUGGCUUCGACACAAAGACGAAGAAUGUCCAAAUACUGGGGCCAAAUGUCAAAGAUGUGACAAGCGCGUUGCAACCAGGGACUCCCUCGAUGGCUCUCUCGGACACGUUUGCAACACUGACGACCAUCAGAUAUGCCCAGGUCAAGAAUUUGGAUGCUCGGAAGAUAUCGAGCCAGAAAAUCUCGAGUCUCAUAUCAGAACAUGUUCUAAAGCCAUACUCGCCUUGCACCUUCAAAAGCAGGAUCAACUUUUGAAAAAUUUACAAGAACAGUUGAACAUGACCAAAGUACGCAACGAAGUCCUUGAAAACGGAUUUGAAAAGGUCAAUGAAUUGAUCAAUGAGAACAUCUUGCCUCGAAUCUCUCAAUCAGACCAAUCCGCGGAAGACAAUUCCGACGUGGAGGAAAUUGAACGAGACCAUAUCCCGUCAGCUACCUCACAUCGCGAUCUGUUAAUGCCCGCCCAUCUCCGAGCUCUAACUCCAUCUCCUGACCCAGACCUAUCAACCAUCGCCCAAACACAACAGCACAUGUUAGCCCUACAUGAGUCUCUGCGAGGAAACGUCGCGAAUCUUGAGCAAGAUAUCUCUGCCCUCGCAAAUCAACUUUCAGAUCUAGAUGCCCGGUCGUCGAUGCAUCUCAUGAAUGAGACACUUCGAAUCAAGGAAGACUUAGCCCACACCAACGCCGCCUUAUUCAGCACCCGGGCUCAGGUUCAGUGGUUGUUGAACCGUGAGAGAAUCGGGGCUCAGCAACAGGCCAUGGGAAUAAGAGGCCGAGCACCAUCGGCCCAGCCACCGGGUCCUAAUAUUCCCUCCUCUGCCAGAAGUUCCAUGUCAGAAGGAACCGACGCCGGCGGGCAGGGCUCCAGCUCUGAGAACCAACCCUCGACCUCUAAUCUAGCUGCGAGCCCUAGUUUUAGGCCGCAAGUGCGAAGACUGAGUGGCAGUCAGGAGAGGGUCAAGUUGUAGUGUCACUGAGGCCUGAUCUCAGAGGCGGCGUAGAAUAACGCUGUGUGCAGUUG